AUGGUUAAUAAAUUUGUUCUCACCAGUAUUGUUGCCACAAUUGUAGCAGUUGUUUUUGUUGGCAUUGGUAUUCUAAUUGGACAUUUUGCUAUAACUAAAGAAGUAACAAAUACUCCAUGGAAAUAUAGCUAUGUCCCUCGGCAGACAAGUCAACAAAAUUAUCAAACAUUUAUCCGUUCUAUUCAGGCAGAGAAUAUUGAAGCAAAUCUUAAAGAUCUCACUUCACGUCCUCAUAUCGCUGGACUACCCGAAGAUCUAGAGAGUGCUCAAGUGAUCGAAGAACGAUGGAAACGUGAUGGCUUACAAGUAACCAAACCAAGAUACAACGUUCUUCUUUCUUAUCCCGACGAUAAUAGACCUAAUCGAGUUAUUCUCACAAAUGGUGAUGGUACAAUCAUUAUACAAACAGAGGGAGUCGAAAAAGUCUAUGAUCCGAACCAACCAAAAACAGUCAAUCCAUUUCUUGCCUAUACACCUAAUGGGACUGCUUUCAGUACAAAACUAUUCUAUGCAAAUUAUGGUCGACUUGAAGAUUUUCAGAAAUUAUCAUUUGUCGUUGGAAAUGCCAGUCUUCAAGGUAGUAUCAUUAUCAUGAGAUAUGGCCGUCUUUAUCGCGGAAACAAGGUCAUGCAUGCUCAAUAUUUCGGAGCAGCAGGCGCUAUAUUGUAUAAUGAUCCAGCUGAUUAUGCUCCAUUCGGUAUCGCACCUGAUCAAGUCUACGAUCAAAAAUGGUAUAUGCCUCCAAGUGGCGCACAACGAGGUUCAGCAUUUAUUGCAAAUGGCGAUCCACUUACACCUAUUUAUCCCUCUACCGACUAUAUGUAUCGAUUGGAAGAGGAAAACGUGAAAUAUCUACCAAGAAUUCCUGCACAACCAAUCAGCUAUAGCGAAGCUCAAAUGAUUCUUCAAUAUCUACAAGGUAUUGAGGUAACGGCAGAUUGGCGUGGUAGUUUACCUAAUGUAACAUAUCGUUAUGGUGCGGAGCUUUUAUCGUCUGCAUCCAUUGAAAUUCGAUCAUAUAAUCGACUCGCAAGAAAAGAUACAUACAAUGUAAUUGGAAUACUGCGUGGAGAAAUUGAGCCAGAUCGAUACAUUGUCAUUGGUAAUCAUCGUGAUGCUUGGAGCUUGGGCUCUGUCGAUCCAACAAGUGGAACAGCAAUAAUACUAGAAAUUACUCGAGUUCUUAGUCAAAUGUAUCAAAAUGGAUUUCGCCCACGCCGUAGUUUAAUGUUUUGCUCGUGGGGUGCCGAAGAAUAUGGACUCAUCGGUUCAGUAGAAUAUGUUCAGGAAUAUGCAAAAGUAUUAGGAGCUCGUAUUGUUUCGUACCUCAAUAUAGACGGUCCUAUUCGAGGAUAUUAUUCAGUUUCUGCCAAAGCUUCGCCAUUGCUAUUUGAUAUCAUCGUCGAGGCUUCGAAAAUGGUUCCAAGUGCAUAUGAUCCACCUGGUCAAACGAUUUAUGAUAAAUGGAUGAAAGUUAAUCGCAAUGAUUUGACCAAUGAACCGAAAAUUAAAUAUGGUUUGGGAUCUGCUAGUGACUAUUUUGCAUUCGAUCAACUAGUGGGUUCAUCUAAUUUUGACGUAUCAUAUACGUUUAAUCCUAUCGACCAUGGAAAUAUAACCGGAUAUCCACUUUAUCAUACGUCGUAUGAAACUUUUUUUAUGAUGAAAAAAUUUAUUGAUCCUGAUUUUACAGCUCAUAAAACAAUAGGCCAAUUCGUAGGAGUAUUAGGAUUACUUCUUUCCGAAACAUCUAUUUUGCCAUUUAAUGUUACACGAUAUACGAUAGUACUUAAACAAGCGAUGAUGAAUAUUCCACAGAAUAAUAAACAAUUUCCAAUAUUUCGAAACGCUGUCAAUGAUUUUGAAAAAGCAGCGCAAGAUUUUGAGAUCCGUUGUAAAUCACUAAAUAUUAACAAUCCGUACGAAAUUCGAGCGUACAAUGAUCAAUUAUUACAACUUGAACGCGCUUUUCUAAAUCCAUUGGGACAAGGUGAAGAUCAUACUGACUUAAAGCAUAUUAUUUAUGCACCAGCUAAAAUUAACAAAUAUGAUGCUUCUGACUUUCCAACAAUCGGUGAUGCACUUGCUAGCGGUAAUCAAACAGAAAUUGAUCAAGCCAUAGCCAUUGCUAUUUACUUUAUACGUGGAUCUGUAUCAACAUUGAAACAAUAUGAUAAAUUUAUGUUUUAA